GAUGGGUGGGGAGCUGCCCGCCAGUUCUUGUCCGCUAAGGGGAAUGAUUCAUAGAGUGUCAGGAGGGACAGUUCUGCUGGUGAAAGCCCACUCCGGACCUAAACUCUUCUCCAAGGCUGGUAGACCGAUGAGAGUAGGCAGGGGCAGGGCCUGACCCCGUUGCUGGCGGCUCGUCAGGCCUCCAUUAAGCCCUGGGCCUUGCAGGGGGAGGCCUCGAGGCGCCGGUUGCUGGGGGAGCGGUGACGUCUCGGGGUGAAAGUUGAGGGGCGGUGACGUACGGCCUGCCCGGGCGGAGGCUGGCGGGUUGGAGACUGGAGGGAGGGAGGGAAGGAGGGAAGGAAGGAAGCUGGGAAGGAGCGAGGUAGCGGGGGCGCGAGGCGUUUACCUGGGAGGCAGCGGCUGGGGCGCGCACAGCGGCCGCGGCUCCCCCGCACCUGCGGCCAUGGAUGAAGAGCGCGCCCUCUACAUCGUCCGGGCCGGCGAGGCGGGGGCUAUCGAGCGGGUCCUGAGGGAUUACAGCGACAAGCAUAGGGCUACUUUCAAAUUUGAACCAACAGAUGAAGAUAAAAGAAAGAAACUCUGUGAAGGCAUAUUUAAAGUCCUUGUAAAGGAUGUCCCAACAACCUGUCAAGUGUCCUGCCUGGAAGUGCUCCGCAUUCUCUCCAGAGACAAAAAGAUUUUAGUUCCUGUAACAACUAAAGAAAAUAUGCAAAUACUGCUGAGACUAGCCAAGCUGCACGAGUCAGAUGAUUCUUUGGAAAAGGUGUCAGAGUUCCCGGUUAUUGUGGAAUCGUUAAAGUGUCUGUGUAACAUCGUGUUCAACAGUCAGAUGGCCCAACAGCUCAGCCUGGAACUGAAUCUCGCUGCAAAGCUCUGUAACCUCCUGAGAAAGUGCAAGGACCGAAAAUUUAUCAAUGACAUAAAGUGCUUUGACUUGCGUUUGCUCUUCCUCUUGUCACUUUUGCACACUGACAUCAGGUCACAAUUGCGCUAUGAGCUCCAGGGACUCCCGCUGCUAACCCAGAUCUUGGAAAGUGCCUUUAGCAUCAAGUGGACCGAUGAGUAUGAGUCGGCCAUAGAUCAUAAUGGACCUCCUCUUCCACCUCAGGAGACAGACUGUGCCAUCGAGGCCCUCAAAGCUCUCUUCAAUGUGACAGUAGACAGUUGGAAGGUGCAUAAAGAGAGCGACUCUCACCAGUUCCGUGUCAUGGCAGCUGUCCUUCGCCAUUGUUUACUAAUCGUAGGUCCAACUGAAGACAAAACGGAAGAGCUGCACAGCAAUGCCGUCAACCUUUUAAGCAAUGUUCCAGUCUCUUGUUUGGACGUUCUUAUUUGUCCAUUAACCCACGAAGAAACAGCUCAAGAGGCCACGACUCCAGAUGAACUGCCCGGUGAUAAAACAGCCGAGAAAGACACAGCUUUGAAAAACAAUACCAUGGUAUACAAUGGCAUGAAUAUGGAGGCCAUUCAUGUCUUACUCAGUUUUAUGGAGAAGAGAAUUGACAAGGGGAGCAGCUAUAGAGAGGGUCUAACUCCAGUUCUCAGCUUAUUAACAGAGUGUUCCCGAGCCCAUCGGAAUAUCCGAAAAUUUCUCAAAGAUCAGGUUUUACCGCCAUUGAGGGAUGUGACAAACCGGCCUGAAGUGGGCUCGACUGUGAGGAAUAAGCUGGUGCGCCUCAUGACACAUGUUGACCUUGGGGUCAAGCAAAUCGCUGCUGAGUUCCUUUUCGUCCUCUGCAAAGAGAGAGUGGACAGCCUGCUGAAGUACACUGGCUAUGGGAACGCUGCAGGACUGCUGGCGGCCAGGGGCCUCUUGGCUGGAGGAAGAGGAGACAACUGGUACUCCGAGGACGAGGACACGGACACCGAAGAAUACAAAAAUGCAAAGCCAAACAUUAAUCUUAUCACUGGUCAUUUAGAGGAACCCAUGCCAAACCCUAUAGAUGAAAUGACAGAAGAACAAAAAGAAUAUGAAGCCAUGAAACUUGUCAACAUGCUUGAUAAACUUUCCAGAGAGGAGUUGCUUAAACCAAUGGGACUAAAACCUGAUGGGACAAUAACGCCUUUGGAGGAAGCUCUCAGCCAGUAUUCCGUCAUCGAGGAGACCAGCUCCGACACGGACUGAAGAGCACCGUCGCCUGUUCCACUCUCAAUAUGGCUUUUAUCAGCAUCUUCUCUCUGUAGCUCCAGGGGAAUCUUCUUCUCUAAAACAUGUAUGCCCUUGCUUUGGCUAGAAACACAUUAGCUGGUUUCCUUUGGGAACCCAGCAUAUUUAAGAGGUGGUCCUGUGUUCUCUGCAACAUCGAGGCAUCCACACAGAGCUGGAGUUAGGCAGAGUCGCGGGCUAGGAGCAGAAACGGUCAUUCCAUUUCAUCAGGAUGCAGUGUGGGACUUCACUCUGCACAGCAGCCUGGUCCAGCCUGGCAGUCCUGUUGCCGGGAUUCCUAGCUGAAGAUUCAGCCAUGUCCUUCCACCCACUCAUGUAAACCGCCCCUUCUGAGUCUCUCCAGAACCCGAGGCACAUGAGCGCCUGUGGAGCUAGUACCAAGGGCUGAGGCAGGGGACUCCUCGGUGACCCAGCCCCACACUUCCUUUCAGUUUUGUAUACACGUGGAAACAUACGCACAGAGCCCCAGACUUAUAAAGUUUGUAUGUCACCCCGCUAAACUUGAGAACACAGCUCUCCUGAGGAGUUAGAUGACGGCUUCGUUCCAGGCAGCUACACGUGCCUAUUUAUCCCUCAUGUCUCUGAACACUACACGUACCGUAGGGCUGGGCCACCAUCCGUACUGUCGCAUCCAGAGCGCACGCGCAUUCUGAGCUCUCAGGGUGCCGAGUGCACACUCAUCCUCCAGGCAACAGAGAGGAUGGGGCUACCCAGUAGUGGGGUUCUCAUGGCCUGUGCUGGGGGUAGGGAGCCAACAGCACCAUUUGUACAUAAAGGUCAUUCGUAUGUCACGUUUUAAACAAGGGUCUCUGUGUGUAUUUGUGUGUGUGUUCUUUCUACCAUAUGUGAUCAGUUUAAUGGUAACUUUAUUUAUUUAAAAAAGAAACACAAAUAGUUACUAUUAAACUGAUUAAGGCUGUUUAUUUUUACUCUUAGAAAUGGUCAUAUGAAGUAGAUGUGCAAUCAUGUAGACAGUGGGCCAAGUUGAUCAGUGGCUAAAGUUGAAAAGGGGUUGGUUUCCUUUCAUAUAUGUAUGUAUGUGUAGGUACGUAUACAUGCAUAUAUGCACACACAUAGAUUAUGUGCUUAACCACUGCCUUUUAAAACUUUAAAUUAAAUAAAACAUUGGGGAUGAUUCAAUUUAGUCAUCUGUGUGUGUGUGUGUUUCUUUAUGGGUACCAUUGCCCGGUUUAUGUUUGAGAGUGUUUUUCCGUCUGUUCCCUCACUUGUCAUCACAUACCCUCUUCUUUAAUGGGCAAAGCGUGCGUAGUACCAGUGAGAAUGGUUUUAUCCUAAAUUAUUCCUGACAAAGCUGCACAUCAGGAAUUGAAUAGCAAAAGGCCUUUGAGCUGUCAGAGGUGUAAGUUUCUUAAAAUUUACUCAGAGGAGAACCCUUAAAGAACAUUGCAUCACUAAGAUUUACGUUUAUUUCUAACGUGUGAUUGCUUGGGCUUUAAAAGCCCCCCCCCCAUUCCCCUCACCCCAGCACACACACACAAAAGCAGAAAGAGUUUACUAGACUUAAGUAGGCGCACUGAAAGCAAAGGAGGCCCACUGAGGGCGGAAGGCCUGGACCCAUUCGUCACAGUGCAGAUGGGGUCGGGUGCAUGUCAGGAUGGGAGAGAAACCCGCUGUCCAAGGCAGAGCAAACCCGGGACUCUACGUACCUCAAGAGUCAACCCAGAAAAUACUGUGUGUGAUGCUGUGGCCAUAGACGUAUUUCCUAAUGACCCGCUCUGAUCAAUCAAAUUCAGAAGACUUGUAAGCGACCAGGAAGAGGACAUGCCUUACAGGGUUCCCACCAUCAUUGGGAAGAACUUGUGUCCAUGUCUUAGCCAAUGGCAUAUGCAGUUUUCAUUUUAUUUGGCAAUUCAUGAUUUUAGCUUAAGUGGAAAAAUCCAGAGCAAGGGAAUUUAUAAUUAUUUUGUUAUUUCAUUCUACAAAUGCAUUUUGAAAGUAUUUUUAUAAUCUCUGGUUGGAUAGCUUUUCUGUGAGUAGCUGCCUAGUACACCAGGCCGUGCCUGGUAGGGUGCCCCUCGCUGGCCCUGUGCACACGGCCGCAGCUGUGCUCCUGGACGUCCCGUGCAUCCCUUUCCCUCUCUCUGUACGGGGUACUUCUUUUUCUAAAGGAUUAAUUCUUAGAAAGAAGGGGGAUUAGUUUCGCCUCACACACAGAAAGAGCACUGAGCAUCCAGUUCCGUGUCUUCUCUGUAGCUUCACUUUAUCUGGAGGCAACACCUCUCCAGAGAGCUUCCCCUUGACUCCCCAGCCCAGCCGCCGGCCAGAGUCCAGCCGCAGGCUUCACGUCACCACCUUCUCCACUGUAUGCCCGGCCGCUUAGCCAGAGGCUUUGAGAUGGAGGCAGCAUGGGCGCGGCGGUUCUCAGGCCAUCUUAAGCAAUAACGGUUUUAGCACAAGCAGUCUCAGUCUUUCCUACCAGGGAGGUGCCAGCAUGGGCAUCAGAAGCUUGGUCAGUUAGAGUUUAGAUGAAGACCUGGGCACCGCUAGGUCAGAGACCAGUGGUGUGGGGCCAUUCCCUCUCGAGGGAGGGUGAUGGGACAGAGACCAUUGCAGUCUCCAGCACUCUGCCCACACCAGACUUUGGAGGUGAAGGACAGAUGGAGAAGCAUGUCCUAAAACAAAGCAUCCGAGCUGCUUGACGGAACAGUUCCCAGAUGGCUGUGACCCUUUCAGGUGCCCAGUGGCCCUCAGUAACAGACAGGGCAGAUGCUACCCUUCCUUCGUAUAGGACAGGCUGAAGCUUUCUAAGUAACUAAUCGCACAUGAGUCUCGCUGCCUCCCAGGACUGGGGUUCAACAUGCAUCCCCUGUCUAUCAAAGUCAUACGUGCUCCUGGUAGAAUGUUUGGAAAGUGCGGGAAACAGUAAAACUAAUUAACUCCGAGUUGCCCCCCACCCCAGAGCAUCACUGGUAAUGUUUAGUAUAUUCCCCUUCCUGUAUUUUUUCUAUGCAUAUAUAAUUUAUUUUACUACAAGAUUGGACCAUGCUGUGUUUACAGAUUUGUACCCUGCUUUCUUUAACAUAUUGUGAGCAUUUUUCCCAUACCAAUAAAGAUUCUUUAAA